AUGAACAACCCUGAAACUGCUGAGUUCCUGUGCAGCCUCGAAGGCACGGAUGUCACCCUCGAUCCAUCAUCCGAGCCACCUCUCCACCUGCCCCGCCAAACCUGGGUGAUCGAUAAGAAGCUCUCUGAACGAUCUCAGCCGAUGACCCAGCAGGACGUUACUGAUGGCCUUGGACUCCCGUUCGCAGCUGCCAAGUUUCUCUGCCAUCGCAAGGAAGAUCCCAGCAAGAAGACUUUUAUGCGUAUUUAUCUACAAAUUCCUGUCAUUGGCACUCGAUAUCAGAGCCCUCAGAUCCGACGAAAGCAGGCUGCUCAGCCACAGCCACACGUCGAGUUGACAACUUUGAAAGCGCUCAAGGAACUGGGAUGCGAUGUUGUCCCUGACCUCCUUGCUUAUCAAGAGGGACAGCAAGGCGAAGAUGGUAUCGUUCCGGGAGGAUAUACCACUUAUAUAGUCUGGGAUAAAGUCCCCGGGGAGCCUCUAAGCGCAGAAUUCUGGGAGCUAGACCUUCAGUCACGCCAAGCGAUCCGCGAUAAAUUUCGUGAAGCCUUUCCAAAGCUGAAGAAGCAUGGCUACCUACCGCGUAUGUCAACCAUGUCGAAGAUCAUCUAUGACAACGCCACCGGGAAUAUGCAUUUCUCGGGGUUUUCACGCGCAGGCCGUACUGAUACCAACGAAGAGUGGGAUGACAAGUACUAUGUUCUGUUUCGUUUGGCCAGACCAUCUCCGAAGACGAAAGAUUGGGCCAAGGAUAGCACAGGGUGGACUUGGUGA